UCGCUGCUCCGGCUGCUCCGCGCUCAUGUCCUUCUAAAGCAAAAGCAUUCACAGAAGCAGCAAUUCCUUUCUUGUUACUUCCGGCUGGGCGUGAACUGGUUUUUUUUGUAUCUGGCGGCGUUUCCUAGAGUUUCUGAAAAUGUCGAAAUCGCUGAAGAAGAUGGUGGAAGAAUGCAAGGAAAAGAAUCUACCAGACCUGGAUAUGUGUGACAGGGGGAUCUCCAACAUGUUGGAUAUUUCAGGACUGUUUACUCUAUCCAACAUAACCCAACUGGUGCUGAGUCAUAACAAGUUAACAAGUGUUCCAGCAAACGUAGCUGACCUGAGGAAUCUGGAGGUACUGAAUGUUUUCAACAAUCAGAUCGAAGACCUUCCGACACAAAUCAGCAGCCUGCAGAAACUGAAACAUCUUAACCUUGGCAUGAACAGAUUAAAUUCUCUGCCAAGAGGAUUUGGAUCUCUGCCAGCACUGGAGGUGCUUGACUUGACGUACAACAAUAUGAAUGAGAAAUCCCUCCCUGGCAACUUCUUCUACCUCACCACCUUGCGUGCACUCUAUCUAAGUGACAACGAUUUUGAAACCCUGCCACCAGAAAUUGCGAAGCUCACGAAGUUGCAGAUAAUCAGCUUAAGGGACAAUGACCUCAUAUCACUGCCAAAGGAGGUUGGGGACUUGUCUCAAUUGAAGGAGCUCCAUAUUCAAGGAAAUCGACUGACUGUGCUCCCGCCAGAAAUGGGUAAUUUGGACCUGACUGGCCCAAAGCAAGUCUUCAAAGCAGAGAACAAUCCAUGGGUUACACCAAUUGCUGACCAAUUCCAACUCGGUGUAUCCCAUGUCUUUGAAUACAUUCGUUCUGAAACCUACAAGUACCUUUAUGGUAGACACAUGCAAGCAAAUCCUGAACCUCCAAACAAGAACAAUGACAAGACUAAGAAGAUAAGCCGGAAGCCUCUGGCUGCCAAAAACAAAUGAAUCAAUUGACUUGCAUCUUACUGAUGAACUCCGCUUGCAUGUGCCUCAAUCUGUAUUUAUUACCUCAACUAUCUUAACAUCUUGUGUUCGGAGCCGUGUAUAAUCUUUCAUGUUUAUUGUAGUUUUUAUAGCUUAAUAUCCUAAGCUGAUAAUACAUUCUACUGAGUGUUAAUGGUCUUUACAUUAAUUUCACGAAACUUUCUGAAUGGGUAAACACUUUAGAUAAAACAUACAAAUUACGCCUUAUUCGCAAAUGUUACACUGAAUAGGUUAUUUAUGCUUAAAAAAAGGGAAACCAUUUGUAUUUGGUGUUACAUGUGCUUUCAUAAUUACACUUUAAUGUAUGCAGCUUACUAAUUUUUAUUGCUAUUUUGAUUUUUGAAUAAAAUAUAUAUUUAUAAAUAA